AUGUCCUUCAACAACAACAGUCACAACCCCAGUGAUCACCACCACGACUCGUACUCCCAGACGUCGCAGUUGAAUAUCCCGAAAAUCCGACACCAGACCUCCAACGCUGCGCCAGCAACUCCCAGAAUGUUGAGAAACACGUCGAACCCAUCAAACUUGUCCGAUGAGUACACCAUCAACCCGGACUAUAUACCUGUGGCUCCAAGAACACCCUCCAAACGACUGUCCUCCGCCAUGCAUCAACGACAAUCGUCAACCCACACCCAAAACUCAAUGAGCAGCGAACCCCAAGGCGUCAGAGCUGGGCCUGGCGGCUUGCUACCGGGUGUCGAUUUCAACCCUACCUCCUCUCCGCAGAGACAACAAUUUCACAGGAAAGCUAUUGGCGAUUGGGAAUUCACUAAAACUAUAGGUGCCGGUUCAAUGGGUAAAGUGAAAUUGGCUAGACACAGAAUCACACAUGAAAUAUGUGCAAUUAAGGUUGUCACAAGAGCAGCUAAAGUCUGGCAAAGACAGCAUUUGAAUGACCCUCCAACAAGUGAUCCACAUGAGUUGGCUCAAAGAAAAAAAGAAUACGAGAAGGAAGUUGCAAGGGACAAAAGAACCAUUAGAGAAGCAGCAUUAGGUAAAAUUCUUUACCACCCUUUCAUCUGUAGACUUUAUGAGAUGUACGCCAUGUCAAACCAUUAUUACAUGUUGUUUGAAUAUGUCUCUGGUGGUCAAAUGCUAGAUUAUAUAGUGGCCCAUGGCUCAUUGAAAGAAUCACAAGCUAGAAAAUUCUGUCGAGGUAUUGCAUCUGCCUUAGAUUAUUGUCAUUCUAACAAUAUAGUUCAUAGAGAUUUGAAAAUCGAAAACAUAAUGAUCAAUAAUGCAGGUGAAAUAAAAAUUAUUGACUUUGGAUUGUCGAACAUGUAUUCUCAUGAUCAUUUGUUGAAAACGUAUUGUGGUUCUUUGUAUUUCGCUGCUCCUGAGUUAUUGUCUGCCCAUCCAUAUAGAGGUCCAGAAGUAGAUAUCUGGUCUUUUGGUGUUGUCUUAUUUGUGUUGGUUUGCGGUAGAGUGCCCUUCGAUGACAAGAGUGUCAGUAACUUGCAUGAAAAAAUUAAAAAGGGACACAUCGAUUAUCCUGAUCAUUUGUCAAUUGAAUGUGUGGAUCUAUUGAAGAAAAUGUUGGUUGUUGAUGUAUCAAGAAGAGCAAGCAUUCAUGAAGUAAUCUCUCAUAAAUGGAUGGUCAAAGGUUACAAUGGUAUUGCGUCAAAUUAUAUUCCAUUUAGAGCUCCAAUUCAGUUACCACUGAAUCAAGAAAUAAUUCAAGAAAUCGUCAACUUGAAUCUUGGUAUAAGUGAAGAACAGGUCACAAUGGACUUGACCGAAAUUUUGUCUUCCAGCUACUAUACAAAAUGUGUUACCAAUUGGGUCUUGAAAAAUUCUUCCGAUAAAUUUGAUCCAACCUUAAUGGACCCGACAAAGGGUUUCCAUCCUUUGAUAUCUAUAUAUCAUUUAGUCCACGAAAUGCUUGAUAGAAAGAAGUUCAAAAGCAACAAUCCUAAUAAACCAUCGGUAACUCAUCAUCAGCCUCCACAGCAUUCACAACAGCAACAGCAGCAACCAUCGAUCUCGACGCAGGCACCAAAUGCCGCUUACACCUUACCAUUUCCUCAAGCAGCUCAUACAUCUCCUCAUACGGAGCCUUCAUUAGAGCCAAUAAGUAUUGUACAACAACAAUUCACACCUCCACCUCAACAGCAGCAAUCUCCUUUGGAAGAUAAUAAUGUUAAUUCGAUCUUGAGAAAGUUGAGCACCAAGAAGCAAAAACCAGAAGAACUUCAGAAAGAAAGAUCUAAAGAUGAUGUCAGAAGAAUUGGAAGUGUUAAAGUUACAUCUAAAGAAAAACAGCAAUCACAGGUGCCACCAUUGUCAAAUACUUCAAGAAGGAGAACGGCACAGCACCAACGUGCAACAUCUGCAUAUACUGCUACCAUUUUCAAUGGUGAUAACGCACAACCAGUUCGCCAAGAACCUGUCAACUCAAUGCGGAAAUAUCAUCCUUCUGCUAGGGCUAACUCUGUUGGUCAUACCAGAAAACAUUCUCUCAAUAUUAACAAAUCAAGUACUUACACGGUUGAUCAAAAUGCUCCUCCUUUGCCUCAAUUCAGUCAAAAUGGCACUGAUUACGAUGGAUUCUUCGAUGAUGAAAUGGAUAGUAUAACAUUUUCCGAUGAAUCUGUGAAACCAAAGAAGAAGUUAACGGAGAAGCAAAUCAUUGAAGAGUAUGAAAAAGCUCCAGCAAAUAGUAUGCCGUCCAUUGAAUUCCCGAAGACAUUGUUUCUCAAAGGUUUCUUUUCUGUCCAAACUACUUCAACUAAACCUUUACCGAUCAUAAGAUAUGAUAUAAUUACUGUAUUACCUCAAUUAGGGGUUCAUUUUGUCGAAGUUAAAGGUGGAUUUAUUUGUGUUCAUUAUCCAUCAAUUGUUGAUACUCCAAAGAAGAGGAUUUCUAGUACAUUGAGUAGCCCUCUGAAGUCACCUACCAGAUCUGGCCAAAGGAGUAGUAACAUUGAUGAUAAUAUUGAUGAGAAUUACAUAGACACAGUCGAUGGAUUGAAGACCCCAACAUUGAGCGAGACAUCAUCACAGACAUCUAGGUCUAAGGUUAAUGACAUUAACAAUACACCUGAUAUGUCUGAGAAGGGUACAAACUACACUUCAGUCUUGGCAACGCCAAAGAAUGCUCAUAGAAGGAAAUUUUCCUUAGGUAACGGUCUACUUGGAUCAAAGAAAGGUGAGAAGCUCACAGUUUCUACCACUAACGUGUUACCAGCUACUGAAUACAAUAUUCCUACUACACCAGCAGCUGCAAACAUGACUGCUAGAAGUAUAGAUCAAAGUUCUGAAUCUUUGACUUUAGACGAUACCAAUGGUGCAAGUGAUAUGUUGGUUUCCAGUAGAGUAGAGCAGCAAAAUAUUGGUAGUAGAUCUCCAAGCAUGAACGCUGGUUAUGGUAACGACAUCGAUCUCAAAGCCAAAGAGAAGAGUUCCAAAACACCACUCAAAUUUGAAAUUCAUAUUGUUAAAGUUCCAUUGGUUGGUUUAUAUGGUAUUCAAUUCAAGAAAGUUAGUGGUAACACUUGGUUAUACAAAUCCUUGGCCAGUGAGAUUUUGAAUAGAUUGAACUUAUGA